UUCAUUGAAACGUGCUCCUCUUGCUACCCUUCCUGCAGUCUGGUUGCAAUCCAUAUAGGUGGAAUAAUCCAAUCGUGCCUUGGAAUAAAACAGGAAACAAGUCGAGCUGCUUUCUAGAUUUAAUUUCACAACCUGUAUGUUAAAGUUAGAUUUAGAGCCUGGUUUAAGGACAGCUCAUAUUCAUGGUUUUAACGAAUUAAGGGCCUGUGGGUUUCUUUGCGCUUAUAAAAAGUGCAUGCAAUUUUCACACCCAGUUCAAAAGAAGCUGCAGGUUAAUUUUGGAUACAGCAGCACUAGUGUUUAAAAGCAAGCAAAUACUUUGUUUCUUCCUAUUGCUAACAACCUUUGCAAUUAGUUCCAUUCUCUAGUAAUUUGAGAGAGAUUAUUAAUACAGUAUUUCAAGCCUUCACUCUUAAAAAACCUGACAAUAAAAUCAGCCCUGCCUAGUCUCUCUCACUUGGAGAGGAAACCCCCUUGUUUUAGGUUAAAUUAAAAUCUUGUUUUAGCUAUGGCUAGCCAAUCUUGUAAUGAAAGAUUUUUGAGCUGUGUUCUUCAGUGAAACUCAUAAUUUAAACACAGUCUGACUCAAUUCAGAAAGUCACACCUUGAUACCUGUGAAUACUUUGAAAGAAUGGGCCUAAUUGCAGUUUGCAUCCUCAAUUUCAUUUUUCUACCUUGUUCAAGUUGUGAUUGUAUGUUUUUAUGCAGCAAAUGAUAAGCAGUCUCAGGAUAAGAAAUGAUAAGCCUUUACAUCUGUGGGAUGUAUAUUUUUUUUUCUCUAAAAAUUUGCUUGUCUUUUUAAAAACUUGCAAAUAAAUUUUUAUCUUGCUACACUGAUGGUUCAAGAUUUAAUGUCACAAAUGGAUCUUAUGUGGUAUCCUAUACGCUGAAGUUCACUUAAUGCAUUUGGAGUGUACUAAAACUUCUUAUGUUUUUACAUGCAGUUUAUGUGAAAGAUGCUAUGAAGAAUAAAAUUGCACGGUAUCGUCUUUGAACACAACAACUAACAUUUUCUUUUAUAAAUCCUAGUUUUGCUCUUUAAUGGAGACAGGAUUUCACCUAGAAGUCAAUAGAGGUUUACCAUUGACUUCAGGGGGGCUGGGAUGUCUUACCUUUUUUCUUUUAAGGACAGGAAAAACAAGGGAAUCCCACUGAAGUCAAUGAGAUUUUACUCACACGAGUAAAGAAGAUUAUUUGGAAAAGUAAGAUUUUUCAGAUUGAGCCUCCUGUUUAUGAGCUUAAAUUCUGAAGUCCUUAGAUGAACAAGUGCGAAAGUUUAAUGAAAGUUUAUUUUAUAAGGAUUGCAGAAUUCGAUCCUAUGUGAUUAACAUAUUUGCAUUUACUGUAUUGGCAUGAAUAAACAAAGUAAAGAUAUCCUACAUGCCACACAAGGGCAAUUACUUAAAAUAGAUGUAGAUAAAAAAAUUAAUUUAUGCCAGUUAUAUUCCUGCCAAGCUUAGUUCUCAGGGUCAUGGGAGUACUCAAGCCUUCCCAUCAUGUCAAGGCACAGUCCAUGGGGAAGGAUGUAAUAUUAGCACAAUGUUAAAGGACCAAAUUAAAGUACCAUUGUUUUGCGGGAUCUAUAGAUUAAAAGCAUAAAUACUAUCACAUUUUGAAGUUAAUUUUCAAAAUUCAUACUGGUUUUAGCAGAGAGCCAGGGUAGAAAACAAUCAGUUUAGUCUACUCUGGUUAUGACAAAUUAUUUCUAAAUUUGAGGUGCCUCAAUUAUUUAAAAAAUGGAAUUAAAAUUACUAGAAAAAAAGAAAUGCUUGGAAAGGGAAGGAGCUUUGAUGCCAUAUUAGCUAGUCUCUCAUAUUAUGAGAAAAAUACCACUAGGAACGACAUUGAUAUAAUCUAAACGGUGAAAAGAAAUAAUGUUUAAUAAAAAAUGAGAGUCAAGAGGGUUCUUCAGGAAGUUAUUAAAAUUUGCAAUGCCAAAUAAGGCACUUAAACUUGAAAAUUUAAUAGGGUCUCUCUUGUUCACUUGUUAGAAGCAUAAUGUGGUUUUGAAUAUGGAAAAUAUUGGAAAUUAUAUAAGAGCGACGAAAGAAAUUACAUACUAUAUGUAACAGAGUCUGAUUUUUGCAUUAGGACUCUUAUUGGUUUUAAAAAUUGGACAGUGUAGAUCUUGAUGCAGACAGAGGCCUAGACUGUUUUUAUUUCAGUUUCCUUAUGCUUAUUAUAUCACCGCAAAGUAAAUUGUUUUAAUUGCUCUAUUACAUGCAAUAAUAGCAGCGAUAAUUGUCUUUAAAAACUGAAAAUACAAAAGAAUGUAAAUGGUAAUCCAUGGAAAUAGGUAUUUGUAGUGAAAUGUGAACUGCAUUGAAGUCAACUGGAAAACUUCAAUUGCGUGCAGUGGGGCCAAGAUUUCAUUCUUGAUAUGUUGAGUUACAGCUGCACUGGCAAAUGUACUAUACUAAUAUAAAGAAGGCAAAAUCUUGUCCUUAACUGGUGGAGGCAAACAGAGAACACACAUUUACCAUUUUACUGGUUGGAGUUGUGUGGCCAAUAGAAAUAUAUUAUUCUUCAUGUAUUUAAUUGAAAAACUCACAAAUAAUUGAAUGCAUGGUUAAUUAAAUAUGUUCACAAGUUAUUCAAUAGCCUCUGUAUGCUGGUCAAAUAAUAGAAUAAAACAUUCAUAAAAUAAUGUAUUUUAAAAUAUAACAAAAUUCCUUGACUAAGUAUUAUUUGACAGCUCCAGUGCUGGCAGAAAGAGUGAGUCUUCAUUACCUGAUGCACUUUACUUCUGUUUUGUAAAUGAACAUUGCUCACCAAAUGCAAACUAUGCUUUAGUGAGCUGCUCCUUUCCCAUGUACCCUAGCUAGCAGUUCCUGUCCCAGUAAAGUUUAUGAGGACUAGCUUAGCAGACAUAUAAGUGAACCACUCCUUGUACUUUUCUGAGCCCUAAGUAGAGAUACUGUGUUACUGUUUUCAUGGAGGACAGAGGCUUCCUAUGUCCAUUUCCCUUAGCACAUCUGCAUGGUACAAGGAAGGAUUUGUCUCAAAAUGUUUUACUGAGAAGGGAGAUCUGAAGAUAAAUAUGAAGAAAACAUAAUGGCUUGAAGGAAGGUCUUGUAGAGAAGACUAAUGUCUGAUGAAAACCUGGUGCAGAUGAAUGGAUACCGAUGCCUGAAAGUUAUGCAGUGACUAUGAACACUUCAAAUGAUACCUGUGAUAUUAAGUUAUUCCAAGAUUAUAAAACAGGAUGUACUCCUUCAUUUGUCUAAAGAUCAACCUGUUUUAGAUAACACAUGUGACUUUUGUCUCCAGAUAUGCAAUCAGGCAUGGACCUAAGUAAUUCUCAGGAACAGGCAGUGGCUACAGAAGAACCGGAAGCUUUGAAAGACUGUAAUGUGAACAAAUUCCAGGAGGUGGAAAACAUGGAUAGUAGGGAAGAUAUGAAAGAAUACAGUCAACCUCAUGAAGAAACAGGAGAUGACUUCGUUAAAGUGAAGGGUGAAUACAGUGAAAGAGAAGAGAGUGCUUUGAAUUCAGAACCUAUGGAAAAUACAGAAGAAUCUGAAAUGCCUUAUAGCUAUCCAAGGGAAUAUAAUGAAUAUGAGAGCAUUAAAUUGGAGAGACACUCUGGUUCAUAUGACAACAUCAGGCCAACCAGUGGAAAGAUGAACUGUGAUGUCUGUGGAUUAGCCUGCAUUAGUCUCAAUGUCUUGAUGGUUCACAAGCGUAGCCACACUGGUGAACGUCCAUUCCAGUGUAAUCAGUGCGGAGCUUCCUUUACUCAGAAGGGUAACCUCCUCCGCCACAUUAAACUACAUACAGGGGAAAAACCUUUUAAAUGUCAUCUUUGCAGCUAUGCCUGCCAAAGGAGAGAUGCAUUAACAGGUCACUUAAGGACACAUUCUGUGGAGAAGCCCUACAAAUGUGAGUUUUGUGGGAGGAGUUACAAGCAAAGAAGCUCAUUAGAGGAGCACAAAGAGCGAUGCCGUACGUACUUGCAGAGCACUGGCAUGUGUGAGGCUGCAAGCGCGGAGGCAAGGCACAUCAAAGCAGAGAUGGGGACUGAAAGAGCACUUGUGCUGGACAGGUUAGCGAGCAACGUGGCAAAGCGAAAAAGUUCAAUGCCUCAGAAAUUUAUUGGUGAGAAGCGACACAACUUUGACAUUAAUUACAAUUCCAGUUUCUUGUAUGAAAAGGAAAGUGAUAUGAUGCAAGGACGUAUGAUGGACCAGGCCAUAAAUAAUGCGAUCAGCUACCUUGGAGCGGAAGCACUGCGUCCCCUUGUGCAAACCCCCCCAGUUCCCACUUCUGAGAUGGUCCCGGUCAUCAGCAGCUUGUAUCCCAUACCGCUCACCCGCUCUGAAAUGUCAAACGGCAACCCACAGGAUACAGAGAAGAGCCAUGCCCACCUUAGAGACAAAAGUUUGUCUUCUGACAGAGGCCUUUCCCCAAAUAACAGUGGCCAAGACUCAACAGACACUGACAGCAACCACGAGGAGCGUCAGAAUCACACCUACCACCAGAAUCAGAUGAUCCCUUCCCAAGUCCGCAAUGGCCUCCAAUGCUUGAAGGAGCUCCCAAGACCAUAUGACAUAAUCAAGCCACCAACCAUAUGCCCACGUGAUGCCUUUAAAGUUAUCAAUAAGGAAGGUGACAUCAUCGGGGUCUACAGAUGUGACCAUUGUCGUGUCCUAUUUUUGGAUUAUGUGAUGUUCACCAUUCAUAUGGGAUGCCACGGAUUCCGUGAUCCUUUUGAAUGCAACAUGUGUGGGUACAGAAGCCAUGACAGAUAUGAGUUCUCCUCACAUAUAGCACGAGGAGAGCACAGAGUGUCCCUGAAGUAAAAGGAUUAAUUUCCCAAGACACCAAAGAAGCUGUUUUAGAUUUUUUUUUCAGUUUGAUUAAAAAAUGCUUACAUAUUUUUGUGCCAAUUCUAAAAAUGCUAAUGCCCCUCAUAGUAGCAAAGUAAUGAUGGGCUUUAUUUUUCAAAAUGCAGUAUUCUGUAGCAUCUGUGCCUAGAUACUGGGGUGACUGGCACUAUAUAUAAAUACCAAAGAUAGACAGACACAGAUUUUUGUAUGAACUUUAUUUUUGUGAAAAGUAAUAGCAAUUUAAGAUAUGUUUUAAAAGUAUUUUAACAUGUAUUUUUGUUAGAACAUUUGCUUCUGGUAAUAGCAAAAUGGCAGUUUAGCUGUAUUAUGCCGUGAAAAAGAGAGUCAAACGUUGAUGUAAUAAUUCUCAUUAAAACAUUGAGAAGAUCGUCCAUCCUUACUGCCCUUUUCACUGGCCUGUCACAAGCACCAUGUUCCAACCAAUAACACAGAAAGGCCAUGUCUAUGCUAGGAAAUUAUUUCGAAAUAAGUUAUUUUGAAAUAAAAACUCCCAGAAUAACUAUUUUGGAAUAGCGUGUCCACACUACAGGGAAGCCUCGAAAUUAGUCCGAGGAAGGCUCCCAUAAUGUAGACGCACUAUCUCGACUUACAGCCUCAGGAAGUACUGGGGAGUAAUUACAUUGAAUGACUUUGGGAAGUAGUUAUUUUGAAAUAGCAUCAGUAGUGUGUGUCCACACUACCGCUAUUUUGAAAUAACCAGCCUGUUAUUUUGUCAUGUGGAUGCUCCGCUUGUUGUUUCGAAAUCAGGGGAGUUAUUUUGAAAUAACUCCCUAGUGUAGACCAGGUCCCAGAGACACUUUCUGUUAUUGUUUCACUUCCUGAGGUAUUCCUAAAAUGGCCAAGUUAUUGAAACACAGAAAACACAGUAUCCUCAGGUAUGUAUCAAAUUACUUUUCAGUGUUUCCCCCAGAGUCUGAGAGUGUGUUGUCUCACCACACUUCCGUUUUCCUUAUCCACUCAGUCCACUUUCUUUAAUCUCUCCCCCCAAUCACCAAUUAAUAAGUCAUGUGAGCUAUUUUAGGGGUUUGUGUUUUUUAACUGUGUAUGCUUUUUGAGACUAUUUGUUGGCUUGCCUCUGAAUUUGGAGGAAAUCCAACUUUUUUUGAUUGAUCAAGUAUGUGUCUUUCUAACAGAACAAAAGUGCAAUCCCUCUUCCAUUGCCAUCAAUAGCAAAACUUAUACUGACUUCACCUGGUGCAGGGUCUAAAACUGCAAUGGGCAGGCAAAAUACCAAUUGAGGCAAACAGAAUUUUUGCUUAUCUAAGUUCUGCAGAUUGGACUCUAUGAGGUUAUUGUAGCUCAGGGUUACUCAACUUUGGAAGCCCGGCAGGCCACAAUGAUACUCACAGCACAUGCCAAGGGCUACAACUUAAGUGUGAUUGCAUAUACAUGCAAAUAUAUAUGCACA